GAUAUCGUUAGUAUCGGUUAGACGCGCAACCCUCGACAUGUUUCGCCGGCACUGUGCGGCAGUUUUUCUAUUCAUCGGGAACGUUUUUUUAACCGUAAUGACAAGCUUUAUUCCAUCAUCCAUAACAACAGACAUCACUGGCCCAUCAUUUUUACUAGAACCUCCAGGGAAGUUUGAAUUUUCCAACACAACUGGCGCGUGGAUUGACUGCACUGCGGCAGGACAUCCAGCUCCACACGUCCGAUGGUUAACAGCGGAUGGGAACCCGUUGACAGAUAUUCCAAGUUUAAGACAAGACUUAUCAAACGGCACACUUGCUUUAUUGCCGUUUUCACCUGCAAUGUACAGACAAGACGUUCAUAACACCGUAUACCGUUGUUUAGCAACAAAUGAAGUCGGUGCUAUUGUCAGUAGAGAUAUUCACGUUAGAGCGGUUGUUGCUCAAGAUUAUAAUUUAGAAGUACGGGUAGUAAAUGGUGGAUCAGCCAAAGGAUGUACAGCAGUUUUGGAAUGUAUAGCUCCAACGUUCAUGAAAGACUUGGUCAAAGUCGUGUCGUGGUUACAAGAACCUGGCUUUUACAUUUAUCCGUCGUUACAAGGAGAUGGAAAAUACCACGCAAUGCACACAGGGGAACUUCUUGUGCACAAUUUGGAAUUUAGUGAUCAAUUUUCAUCGUAUACAUGUCAAAUGGUACACAUGCUUACGAGGAAAUUAACUACUAGUACACCAGCUAACAUAGCCGUACAUGAAGCUGCUGGUAACGAAAUAGUUGAGAUAGUAUCACCCAAAAAUUCUAUUAGGGUAGCUCAAGGCGAAGAAGCUGUGCUGACUUGUAUCACCAUCGGCUGCCCUCAUCCUCACUUUAAAUGGUAUCGAAUAUCAGAUACAUUAGAACCAGAACUUUUAGAAACCGGUUUGGGCCUUAGAGUACUCGGCCAAGUACUAGCGAUUGAAGCGGUUAGGUCAGAAGAUGCAGGAAAUUAUCGCUGUGUGGCUUCAAACGAAGCUGGGGAAACUAAAGCAGAUACAGGAUUGGACGUAAAAGUACCUCUUAGGACUCAAAUUAGUCCAGCUUCAGUAACAGUGAGCUUAAAUGGUCAAGCUGAAUUGCGAUGCCUAACAUCUUCGAACGAUGGAUCACAUUCUAUUACGUGGUAUAAAGACGGGCGCGUUGUGGCAGGAGGAGCUCAAAGAGACGUACUUAAGUUAAUUUCAAUAAGCCGGUCAGAUUGUGGUAUAUACCAGUGUUUAGUACACAGAAAUGACGGAGAAACAGCUCAAAGUGCAGCCACGGUAUACCUAGGAGAUGCUCCACCUAUUAUGGAAUACACUUUUAUUGAACAGACUUUACAACCAGGACCUACCGUGUCUCUAAAAUGCAGUGCAUCUGGAAAUCCUACACCUUCCAUGACGUGGUUUUUAGAUGGUUUUAAAUUGCCAGAUCAUCCUAGGUACGUGAUUGGUCAAUACGUGACGUUACAUGGUGAUAUAGUUAGCCAUCUUAAUAUUACUCAAGUGUCAGUUGAAGAUGGAGGAGAAUAUACAUGUAGUUCCACAAAUCGUGCUGGAUCUACUUCUCAUUCAGCUAGACUCAAUAUCUACGGCGAUCCAUUUGUAAGAUCUAUGUCCAAAAUUACGGCAGUAGCUGGAGAAAACCUGAAAAUUAAAUGCCCAGUUGCUGGAUAUCCUAUAAAUGAAAUCCGAUGGGAGAAAGACGGAAAAGAGCUGCCCGAGGACUUAAGACAGAAAACAGACUUAACGCUGGGUGUACUUACAAUACUCUCCGUGCAAAAAGGCAUAGAUGCUGGUUCAUACACGUGCAUAGCCAACAACAAACAAGGACAUUCUGCUAAAAGAACGACCACUGUAGACGUGAUCGUACCUCCCGUAAUAGAACCUUUUUAUUUCCCUGGAGACGGCCUGGUUGAAGGUACCCGAACUAGGGUCGUGUGCGGCGUCAGUCACGGCGAUCCUCCGUUGAGCAUAACUUGGCUCAAAGACGGCGUGCCCGUCACCGAAUUGGCGGGCCAACAAUCGUCAAACUUGGACGCCGCCACCAACAUCAACGACGAAUAUGUCAACGGUGUCGGUGGCGGCGUGUUAGUGUCCGCACUCGAUUCGUACUCAAGUUUGCUCAGCAUUCCCAAGCUCACACGACAUCAUACCGGCCGGUAUACCUGUCAGGCCCAGAACCCCGCGGCCCAGGCAAGGUACACGGCUGCGCUUCAAGUGAAAGUUCCACCUAAAUGGACAAUCGAACCAGUCGAUGUGGAUAUUGAACGAAACCGACAAUUGAUAAUAAAUUGUCAAGCAGAUGGUGUACCUACACCCACAGUAUUAUGGAAAAAAGCUACAGGGACUAAAUCCGGUGAUUAUGAGGAACUCAAGGAAAAGUCACAUACAAAAAUCUUGAGCAAUCAUUCACUUUUACUACAAAAUGUAAAGGAAGACAAACAAGGGUAUUAUUUGUGCCAAGCUUCGAAUGGCAUUGGAAACGCGAUCGGUAAAGUAAUUCAAGUAAAUGUAAAAUCGUCUCCUCUGUUUUCUUCAACUACACGAUUGGUCAAUACAAAAGAAGGUGAUACCGCUACAUUACAAUGUAAUGUGACUGGAGAUUAUCCUAUUGACGUUAAAUGGUUAAAAAACGAUAAAACAGACCAAAUGGCUGCGAGCAAAUUUCGCCACACGGAACGCCAACAAAUGUUUGGUGAAAAAAUCGUUGCUUCUCUUCAAAUAAAUAAUGUUCAGACAAGUGAUGGUGGCUCAUACGUAUGUCAAGCGAGUAACAUUUACGGCAAAGAUCAACAAUUAAUACAACUUUAUGUCCAAGAACCGCCAACUAAACCAAAUAAUAUUAGGGUGCAAAGUGUAUCUAGUACUACAAUAAACGUACAAUGGGAACACGAUGGUGAUCAAACUUCAAAGUACAUUGUUCAACAUAAAACUAUCGAUGGUUGGUGGGAUCCGACUGAAGUAAACAGUGGUGAAACCCGGACAGCAGUAGUGAAUGGCCUCCAACCUGCCACUAAAUAUAUGCUUAGGGUCUUUGCCGUUGGAAUAGCUGGUUGGAGUUUACCCAGCGAUGAUAUUACGGCAACUACAGACCCAGAAAGACCUAGUGGACCUCCUACGAGAAUAGAAGUUCGUUCACUAUCGUCAACUCAAAUAUUGGUUACUUGGGCACCACCAAUAAAAGACCAAAGAAAUGGCCUUAUUUUGGGCUACAAUGUCGGUUUUUUUGAAGCAAGCAUGGAAACCAUGUCUCACAACAUGACAGCAGUUUUUGGAGAUGGCGAAGAUGGUGGAGAAUUUAUUUUAACCGAUUUGUUAAAGUUUAAAAAGUAUUCUAUUGUAAUUCAAGCAUUCAACGAAGUCGGUAAUGGACCAUUAUCUGAUCCGACCACAGUUCAAACUAUGGAAGAUGUACCAUCAAGUUAUCCUGUAGAAGUUCGCUGUACAGCUCUGGGUUCUCAAACUUUACAAAUGAAUUGGCAACCUCCUGAUACACAAUAUUGGAAUGGAAUUAUACAAGGAUUUGUAGUUACAUAUGAUUCUAUUGAUAGAGAUGACGAAAUAGAAAUAGGAAGUCGAAAAACUACAUCUCCUAAUAUCAUACUUAUAGGAUUACACAAGUAUACGAAUUACACACUAAAAGUGGCAGCAUUCACUCGUAUUGGAGUAGGAGAAAAUUCAAAACCGAUAACAUGUAGCACUGACCAAGAUGCACCUGGCCCACCCGAAGAAAUUAAAAUUGCCAUUGCUUCGGCCCAGUCAUUAAUAGUAUCAUGGGCGCCGCCAAAAUAUUCUAAUGGUGUUCUUCUCCGAUAUAAUUUGUACACUCGAGUUUUAAAUGGAGGUGAAGAAUUAAAUCAUAUGAAAAGAACGUUACCAAGUCAUCAAACCACUUAUGAAGCUAAAGGUCUACAACAGCAAGUAGAAUACCAAUUCUGGGUAACUGCUUCAACAAAAGUGGGUGAAGGCCAGAGUUCAAAAGUAGCCACACAAAUACUUUCAUCUUCCAGGGUUCCAGCAAAAAUUGUGUCAUUUGGAAGUCUAAUUGAACAACCUUGGAGAACUUCAAUUAAACUACCUUGUUCAGCUGUUGGUCAACCAACACCAACAAAAAAAUGGUUAAAAAAUUUUAAGGUAUUUCAAUUUUGGGAUGGUAACGUCCAUGUUACUGAAACUGGUGAUAUGACAAUAGCCUCCUUACAACGGCCAAACAACGACAAUUAUACUUGUCACGUAGAAAACGUUCAUGGAGUUGACUCAAUUAUUUACCAAGUCAUCGUACAAGUUCCUCCUGAACCCCCUGUUUUAUACAUAGCAAAAACGACAAGCUCUAGUUUAGGAUUUCAUUGGAGAUUAUCCUCCAACGGUGAUGCUCCUAUCACAAGUUACACAAUGACUUACCAUUUGCUUCCCAGAGGCCCUUACAAGCAAGUUUCCAUACCUAGACAUUCAACAUCAUACUACCUUAAUGAUUUAAUAUGUGGACAGACUUACCAAGUACAUAUAAUUGCUAACAAUAAAGUCGGCAGUUCGGCCCCAAGCGUAGUAAUAACUGCAAAAACAAAAGGUAAAAAACCUGGUUGGCCGAAAAAAUCAUUAUUCAUUAAACCGAAUUCAACAUAUUUAAGACUGAAUUUAGAAACGUGGCCAGAUAAUGACUGCCCUAUAACAAAAUUCACCAUUAAACACCGACCAAUGCUUCAAUCACACUGGACUACGUCCACUGAAAACCUAAAAAAUCAAAGAAAAUUUACAAUAACGGGACUUAUACCAGCAACUGAAUAUCAUAUACAAGUAGAGGGUCACAAUGCAGCUGGAUCUUCUUUAGCCGAUUACUAUUUAUUUACAUUGACAGAAAACGGAGAAGAACCACCACCGGAACUCAUUGAAAAAAAUCAAAUAGCCCAAACAUUCUACUAUUUGGAUUUGAGAACGGCAAUUCCAAUAUUAGUUGUCUCAUUAACCGUUUUAUUAUUGGCACUGAUUGCUUUUAUUUGUUUAAAAAAUAAGCGCAAUAAUAGUCCAAUAAAUGUUAGGACUACACAAAACCGAAGAAAUUUGGACAAUCACAAAUAUUACGCCACCAUACACAAAGUGGGUUUAACGAAUUCUGAAAAAAUACCAGAAACAUCAGCAGACAUAUCGCCUUAUGCCACAUUUCCAAUAGACGAAGCUCAACACGGAUCUAUGCCCAUGCUCCACAACUUAACUCUUAGACAACAAUCAAUCCACGAAAAUUACGCUUCUUCUUCUCAGCCACAAAAAAUGUUCAAAAAUAGACGCAGCAGGACACAACAGGAUUUGUUUGAAAAACGUACGACUGGUCCUCGCAUGGGAGAUUCAGAUUCAGAUGUUGAACAAAAUAUAACUUCAAGUUUCAUAUAUAGUAGAACACAAUCAAGCACAUCAUCAGAUAUAUCUCCACCGCCAACUGAACAAAAAUCAUUACCUAGAAGAUCGCAGACCAGGUGGUUCCCAUCUAACCACUCCAAGAGAUCUACGGCAAAUUCGUCACAAUUUCCAUCAUCUAUUAGACGAUAUCCACAAAAUGAUAAAAACAAUGAAUCGCUAAAAAAACUCAAUAUUAAUAAAUCAACAUUAUGGUCCAAACCAACAACAGAUAACAAUCCUCGAACACCUUCAGAUUAUUCCAUAGCUGUUUAGUUAUUUGCAUAAUAUUGAUUCACUCUAAAACACUUUUUUUACUUAUAAUAAUAAAAUUGUUAUACAAUAAUAUUUAGGACUAAAGUUUUUAUCUAAUACAUUGUAUUAUUUUAUUAUUAUAUUAUUAUAUUAUAUCAUAUAUAUCGAAUAUUAUAAAACGAAACGUGAUAAUUAUAAUGAGACUCUAAUUUUUACAUUUAUAUU